AUGAAUACAAUCAGAAUGACAGACUUGACUCCCAAGAGGAAAAGGCAGAAAGGGAUGCAGCCUUCAGCUCCCCAGAGCAGCUACAAAAUACAGUUCAGUGAUAUAGUAAUUUUUAUUGUGGAGAGGAAAAUGGGAGCCAAACGGAGAGCAUUCUUGAUGGAUCUCGCAAGAAGAAAAGGUUUCCGAGUAGACAAUGAGCUAAGUGAUUCUGUCACCCACAUUGUGGCUGAGAAUAAUUCAAACCCUGAAAUCUUGAAAUGGCUGAAAAUACAUCAAGGGGUGGAUGGCUCAAAAUUCAGGAUCCUUGACAUCACAUGGUUAAUAGCCUGUAUGGAGACAGGAGGGCCUGUGGAUUGGGAAAAAUAUCAGAUUAUUGUGAAUGGAAAGCAUUCAAGUACACCAUCCUUGCAUCCAACGGAUACUUUGGCUAUAGGUAGAGAGACAAUCUCUCAAUAUGCCUGCCAAAGGAAGACCACUUUAAAAAACCACAACAACAUGUUCACGGAUGCCUUUGAAAUACUGGCUGAAAACGAUGAGUUCAGAGAAGAUGAAGGAUCUUGUCUUGCAUUUAGGAGAGCAGCUUCAGUACUGAAGUUUCUUCCAUUCGCCAUAGUUAGAAUAAAUGAUAUUGAAGGACUGCCUUGGAUAGGAGAACACGUCAAAGGGGUUAUUGAGGAUAUUCUAGAAGAAGGCGAGAGUCCUAGAGUGAAGGCUGUGCUAAACAACGAACACUAUCGUUCAUUCAAACUCUUUACUUCUGUUUUUGGAGUGGGACUAAAGACAUCUGAAAAAUGGUACAGGAUGGGUUUGCGGACUCUGGAAGAAGUAAAGGGUAACAAGAACCUGAAACUAACAAGGAUGCAAAGGGCAGGCCUAUUACACUAUGAAGACCUUAUUAGCUAUGUAUCUAAGGCAGAAGCAGAAUCAGCGAGCCAGAUUCUUAAGGAGACUGUGUGGAAAUUUUCCCCAAGUGCCUUGGUUACGUUGACUGGUGGUUUUAGGAGAGGCAAGAGGAUUGGCCAUGAUGUUGACUUUCUGAUUACUGUGCCAGGAUCAAGGGAGGAAGAAGAGGUGCUUCACCUAGUGAUUGACUGUUGGAAAAAGCAGGGAGUGCUCCUGUACUAUGAUCUUAUUGAAUCAACAUUUGACAAGACAAAGCUGCCAAGCAGAAGAGUUGAUAGUUUAGAUCAUUUUCAGAAAUGCUUUGCCAUUAUAAAACUACCCAAGGAAAAAGUAUACCCCGACACUUCCAUCUUACCUGAUUCUUCUGCUGAGGAAGAAGAGAAAGACUGGAAGGCAAUAAGAGUGGAUCUGGUUGUAUGCCCUUUUGAACAAUAUGCAUUUGCUCUGUUGGGAUGGACAGGAUCAAGGCAAUUUGAACGUGAUCUGCGAAGAUAUGCCACCCAUGAGAAGAAAAUGAUGCUGGAUAAUCAUGCUUUAUAUGAUAAAACGAAGAAAAUUUUUCUGAAAGCUGCCAGCGAGGAAGAAAUUUUUGCACAUCUUGGUUUGAAUUACCUUGAACCAUGGGAAAGAAAUGCAUAGAAAGAUAUAUUACCAUUAUUUUAUAUAUAUAUCCUUCUUUAAAAACAAAACAAAACAAAAACCUAUUUUCCUUAGCAUAGAAUUACACUGACCUGAAAAGCAUGCCUUUAUUAUUUAGGAAGGUGAAUGUUAAAUAUACAUAGAUAUAUGCUGCAAAUGUAGGUUUCCUUUGCACAAUUCAGGAAAAAGAUUAAUUUAGUGUGUUGGAGUAUAGGCUGUUAUCUUUGAUAAUGAUUUUGAGACCAUUACUAUUGCCCUCAUUUCAUGCUGCCAGUGCAGCAAUACCUUCAGUGUUUGAGUAAGCGUAUGGGAAAAAUAGUGAUACAGCUAAAUCAGGCAAGUGUUUCAUAGAUUAAAUGAAAUAUGGUAGAUUUGCUUUUGACAGUGUUUUCAGUUGUUCUAAAUGCAAAAUAAUGUUAAUCUUCUUUGGACAGUCCCUCAUGUGU